UGGACGCUUAACUGACUGAGCCACUCAGGCGCCCCUAGUAGUGAUUUUUAAGAAAAAUAAUUGAAUAAACAUGAUCUUUUAUUCUAUUCACUUAAUAUUAUCUCUUUACUGGGUAAAAUGCACACAGACUUUUAAUAACCCUAAGCAGCUGGAUGAAAUACACACCGUUUUGAAGCUAGACUUGUAAAUUUUAAAAUCUAUUGGGAAUAACCCGCGUUACAUUUUUGUACGUCAUUUUUGUCGUAUUGUUUGGAUAGACCACAGAUUCUACAGAUGUGACGUCAUUGUUAAAAUGCCUUGUGGGUAGGCUUUUAGCCUUUUCUCUAAAUUUUCACUGUGGUGAGCAGAUAUGCUUAUACAACAUCUGAUGUUUCCUUCAGAUAAAUUUUUAAAAGCGGAACCGCCAGGCCGGCGGUAGUGCGGGUUUGAGGCCUUUAAUACACGCUGCCAGAUUGCUUGCGCAAGGUUUAUACCACUAUCUAGCGUGUGAUGCCCAUUUUCUCAUUCUGAGAAUUACCAUAAUUUGCCUCUUUUUUUUGGCCAACGCGAUUGCCAAAGAGUGUCCGCCCACCGCUCUAGCUCACAUUCUGAGAAUUGCUUGUGAGCUCGAACGUUCCGUCCGACAGCGGCUCUCCUUACUAGGCGGGUGACGCGUGCCGCUUUCUGUCACAUUUUCAUUUGUAGCAUUUAGUGCCCGUUACAUUCUUGCAGUGUGACCUUCUUCCAGUCCUGGUGACCCGAGGGCUGCAGGCUGGCUGUGCUCCUCCCCGGCAGAGCCCGGGGCCACCGCGGAGCCGCCGCGGGAGUGAGGACGGUGUGUUGCCCGGGAAAGACCGUCGCUGUGCUGCGUGUGGCUGUGACAGUCACUGCACCUUGCUGCCGUGGGUGCCUCGUCGUGACCUUUCCCAGUAACUUGCCUCACUGCGUGAGCGUCCCCGGCAGAGUUCCCGCAGUACGGGGUCACGGCUGUCGCUCCGUGCCGCGGAGAGCGACGUACUUGCCGAGCGGCUUGUUGGCACUUUGGUAAACUGAGGUACACGUUGAGCUUCCUCACUGCUCAGUCUGGCUUUGAUUGGAGCUAGAAUCUGACACCACAUCACUGCCGUCCUUCGCCAGUGGGCCUCCCGAGGACAUACUUGCAUUUUUAACUCGCUUUUCUCCUGUUGGUUUAUUAGUGUGGUAACGUAUCAGGGAUGUGGACGGGAGCUCAGUGACAGAUUUCAGCCACGCGUUGCCCGGAAGGUCUUUUGCAAGCUGAUGCACUUCCCCUGUUCAGUGCAAUAAAUUCUCUCCACUGCCCGAUGAGGGUGCAGAAGCCAUUUGGAAAUAGCAUCAGCAGAUACAACGGGGAGACUGAGCGCACCGAGAGGGGUGGCACGCCUCACAGACACGCUGAGGAAAAAUUCCAUCUGUCAGAGGAACGUAGUUACGUAUCUACACAGUAUAGCCUGCGUCCUAGAAGAGAAGAGAUAAAAGCAAUGGACUCAAAGGAAGAAAACAUUGUUACAACAACAAGAUCUGCGUCGCUGAAAACCUCUCAAGCUCCAGCCACGCAGACCAAGGACCUGGAGUUUGGGGGAGUCCCUGGCGUGCUUCUCAUCAUGCUGGGACUGCCUGCCUGCCUCUGCCUGUUGCUGUUGAUGUGUAAACAGAAGGAGCCCAGUCUUCUGAACUUCCCGCCUCCGUGGCCGGCCUGGCAGGAUUUGUGGGAAACCAGAGUGUUUGGGGUCUACAUCCUCUGGUUUUUAAUGCAGGCUCUGUUCUACCUGCUGCCAGUCGGGAAGGUUGUGGAAGGAAUGCCCCUUGCUGAUGGAAGAAGGCUCAAGUACAGACUCAACGGGUUCUAUGCUCUCCUCCUGACGUCUGCGGUCAUAGGAGCAGCCGUCUUCUGGGGCGCGGACCUGCACUACGUGUACGGCCACUUCCUUCAGUUCGCGCUGGCCGCUGCCGCCUUCUCCCUGGGCCUGAGUGUCUACCUGGCAGUGCGGGCAGCCGGGGCACCUCCCGGUGCCCUGGCCCCCUCCAGCUCCGGAAAUGCCAUCUAUGAUUUCUUCAUCGGCCGUGAAUUGAAUCCUCGGAUCGGUACUUUUGACCUCAAAUACUUUUGUGAAUUGCGCCCUGGAUUGAUUGGAUGGGUGGUGGUGAACCUGGCGAUGCUUCUGGCUGAGAUGAGGCUGCAGAACCGAGCUGCCCCGUCCUUAGCGAUGACUCUGGUUAACUGUUUCCAGCUCUUGUAUGUGGUGGACGCGCUCUGGAACGAGGAAGCACUGUUGACAACCAUGGACAUCACCCACGACGGGUUUGGGUUCAUGCUGGCGUUCGGAGACCUAGUGUGGGUUCCCUUCAUCUACAGUUUCCAAGCCUUUUAUCUGGUCGGCCACCCAAAUGAAGUGUCUUGGCCGAUGGCCUCUCUCAUCAUCGCCCUGAAACUUUGUGGAUAUGUAAUCUUCCGACGUGCAAAUUCUCAGAAAAACGCGUUCCGGAAAAAUCCCGCCGAUCCAAAGCUUGCACAUUUGAAAACCAUUCACACUUCGACGGGAAAAGACCUUCUGGUUUCUGGAUGGUGGGGCUUUGUUCGCCACCCCAAUUACUUGGGUGACCUCCUCAUGGCCUUGGCGUGGUCCCUCCCCUGUGGUUUCGGUCACGCUCUGCCGUACUUCUACGUCGCCUACUUCACCGUGCUGCUGGUGCACCGGGAGGCCCGCGACGAGCGCCACUGCCGCAGGCGGUACGGCCUGGCGUGGGAGCAGUACUGCCGGCGGGUGCCCUACCGUAUCCUGCCCCGCGUGUACUAGCCGCCCACGUGCCUGCCCCGCGGCUUCCCCGGGAGACCACGAGAAGGCUCCAGAGCGAAUCUUCAUCUGUCGCACCGACGGGGUCUUACUUUUCUUAGUCCGGACCGGGGGGCCCUGGUGGUCUUUUAACGCAGCCACUCCUGUGGCCACUCGGUCCUGACGCCGGACGAUCGUUGGGAUUCGUUUUGUGCCGGGAGACGGGCCGUCCUUGAAGAUGCACUGAGACAAUCCCGGUGACGUCUGUGGGUCUCCAGGACUUUCCAGCUGUGACUGUUUCGUUCUGUCCUCGUGUUUCCUAAGUGACGCCAGCCGCCUCGUGGAGCCUCGUCCACGUCUCGUGAAGAGAACUCGAGUCCGCUUGCUUUUGAAGUAAAUCAUUCGUGGGCGACGGGGUUUGAAAGAGGACCCGGGUCCCGUGUCCGCUGCCGUGAGCGGGGACGGGGCCGUUCGCAGGGGCAGAUGAAGGGAGACCCUCAGCAGUUCGCUUACCGUAACUCCGCUUCUGGAACUGCGCCGGAAAGUGUAAGUACACAGAUUUUAUGUAAUAUAUGGGGACUGCAGGUCUUUGUGUACAGUAUUUUGAAUGUGAAAUAAGCGUUAGGACUAAGGAUCUUUUUAACGAAAACGUUUGCAGUAUUUUAAAUUAAAUUUUACAAAGUCAUAGCUGUCGAUUAAAAAUUGUGAAACCAUUAGAAUUCACUUAACGUUGUCUAAAAGAUGCUGGUAAGACCCAGGAGGGGUGUUUUCCUUAACCCAAAGCUGGCGGAUUUGGCUUUGCUACCUCAUGCGCAGGUGUCCGUUUUGCCUUUAUAAACUGUUGCAGAUAGAAAAAAAAAUAGAAUAUAUAUUUUUGGAGCCACAGCACUAUUUAAACAUUUUUACACAGAUUGGUUUUUGAAAACUUGCCAUUUCGGGCUAAUAUUUUUAUACGUUUUUGACUUUUUUAAGAUAAAACCGUGAUUUUGCUACGGGUGAGGCCACACUGUUUAUACUGUAGCUCGUACAUCCCUUGUCUUCACCAACGCUCCUCCCCGUGACGGGGGGGCGGCGCUCCUCUUUAGAAGCCUCUUGAUCUACGGAUAAUUGAAGGGAAGAGUCUGUUUUGUUUAGUCAUUGGUCUGUUUUAGUUUUAUUUUUGUUUAAUGGAGGUGCGCGGGGCAGCCGUAGCUGUGAAGUUCUAGUCGAUGUAGUCUCCUAAUUAAUUGUCCUGUAACGGACCAGUAGCAGAUUCACUAAAAGAUUGUAUUUAAAUUGUUCUCGGGAUCUUAACUGUGGGGGAUCGAACGGAGCGUCUGGGGCGUCGAUGCAUCUUGUAGACGAGACACAGGUCCGCGGUGUUGUCCUGUGUUGCCGUGGGCGCCGUGUGUGACUUUGCUCCGUGAACGUGAUGGUGACGUUGGCGGCCUCUGACACCCUCGCCUGCACCCCGUGGUCUUCGUGUCUUCCACGCUGAUGGAAGCAAGCAGCUUUUCUUCCGCUUUUCUCCUGCGUCGGAAAGAGUGUCCCAUCGUGUCCUUGAGUCACCAACGAAGCUUUGGGGGAGGAAGGAGGAGGUCUAGUUCUUUCUCUGGUAAUGUGAAAAGAGCCUUUACCAACAUAGUGCUGCAGUUUCUGGAUAUCAGCUAUGAUUUGUUUUUAGUUGUUUUUGACAUGUUUGUUUGACAAGUUUUAUAAUGAAGUUUGAAGUUGGAAAUAAAGUUGAAAAUAAAAAAGA